AUGACCAUAUUUCUAGUUUCUGUGACUUUAUUUUUACCAUUUUGUCUAUGUGAAGGUAAUUUGGUAAGCACUCCAACGAUUGACACUUCAUUUUAUUAUCAUUAUAAUGAUUUAACAACUUUUUUGAAUAGAAUGACUUCGAAGUUUCCAACUUUGACAAAAUUGCACAGCAUUGGCUCAAGUGUUGAAAAUAGAACACUAUGGGCCAUUCAAAUAACCAGCAAUAUUGACAAAACCAUUCCUGGAAAACCUAUGGUUAAAUUCGUUGGAAAUAUGCAUGGUAAUGAAGUGAUAAGUAAACAAAUUCUAAUUUAUUUGAUUGAAUACUUACUGGAAAAUUAUGGAAAAAAUGAUCAAGUUACAAAAAUAGUUGAUUCAACAAACCUGUUCAUUAUGCCUACAAUGAAUCCAGACGGAUUCGAAAGAGCAGAAGUUGGGGACUGUCUUGGAUUGAUGGGACGACCAAAUGCGAAUUUAGUUGAUUUGAAUAGAAAUUUUCCAGACCAGUUUACAGGACAGCCUGAUAAAAUCCAACCAGAAACUCAAGCUAUUAUAGAUUGGAUUGAAAAUAAUCCAUUUGUGCUAUCAAUAAAUCUCCAUGGAGGCAGUGUAGUUGCUAGUUAUCCAUUCGACGAUUCCAAAAAUCAUACAGAUGGAUUUUACAGCGGAACACCAGAUGAUAAAGUGUUCAAAUUAUUGGCUACAACAUAUUCAUCAAAUCAUCUCACAAUGUCCAAAGGUCAUCAAUGUGAAGGAGAUGAUUUUAAAGAAGGAAUUACUAAUGGUGCUGAAUGGUAUGAUGUACCAGGUGGUAUGGAAGAUUAUAAUUAUUUACACUCUAAUUGUUUUGAGAUAACAGUAGAAUUAUCUUGUUGUAAAUACCCACCAUCAUCACAAUUAUCAACAGAAUGGAACAACAAUAAACAAUCUUUAUUAGCUUACUUAGAAAUGGUUCAUAUUGGUAUCCAUGGUUUUAUAGUUGAUAGUGAUAAUAAUGGUAUUGAGAAUGCUAUUAUUGAAGUACAAGGUAUAGAUCAUAAUAUCACAAGUAGUCAGUUUGGUGCUUAUUGGAGAUUAUUAGUAAACGGUAUCUAUAAUAUAACAGUUCAUGCAUCUGGGUAUGAAAGUGUAACUAAAUAUGGUGUAGUUGUACCAUCUGGACCAGGAAUCAGUCUUAAUUUUACUCUUCUUGAACCUGCACUAACUGUCCAAAAUAGAUCAGAAGUUAAUCCUACAGUUGUAACUAAUCCUGAAGAAUCAUUAGAGAAACUAGUGCAGCACAUCAAUAAUCUACAUGACUUUGAUCACCGUGAAAAAACAUCCUUCAUUGAACCACCACCAAUGAAAUACCACAAAUAUGAUGAUCUAGCUAAUUUUAUGGGUGAUUUUGCCACACGGUAUGCCCAUAUUGCCAAAUUACAUGUUAUUGGUAAAUCAGUAUUGCGGAGGGAUUUAUUUGUCAUGGAGAUUAGUGAUAAUCCAGGUGUCAACGAACCAGGAGAACCGAAGUUUAAGUAUAUUGGUAAUAUGCAUGGUAAUGAAGUGGUAGGACGGGAAGUUUUAAUAUCAUUGAUACAGUUAUUAUGUGAAAACUAUGGAAAAGAUGAAUUAUUAACUUUAUUAGUAAACCAUACUUCUAUAUUUAUAAUGCCCACCAUGAAUCCUGAUGGUUUUGAAAUAGCCACUGAAGGUGAUUCAAGAGGAACUUACGGUCGUAGAAACCAUGACCAUAUAGAUUUAAAUCGAAAUUUCCCUGAUCAGUUUGAAACCACGGCGAUGAACAACCAUCAAGAGCCUGAAACGAUAGCUGUAAUGAAAUGGGUGAAAUCAAUACCAUUUGUACUAUCAGCUAAUUUACACGGUGGAUCGCUAGUAGCUAACUAUCCGUGGGAUAACAGUAAAUCUGGUCAUACUACCUAUAGUAAAUGUCCAGAUGAUGAUAUCUUUAUUAAACUAUGUAAAGCUUAUUCUUUUGCUCACUCUACUAUGCAUAUUGGUCACCCAUGUCCUGGUUUUAGUAGUGAAUAUUUUAAAGAUGGUAUAACUAAUGGUGCACAUUGGUAUAGUGUUUCAGGUGGAAUGCAAGAUUGGAACUAUGUACAUACUAAUUGUUUUGAAAUAACAAUAGAAUUGGGUUGUUAUAAAUAUCCUAAAGCAACUGAUUUACCAGCCUAUUGGGAUGCUAAUAAAUUUGCUUUAUUGGUUUAUAUGGGACAGGUACAUAAAGGUAUUCGAGGGUUUAUUUUGGACAGUAAAACAGGAUUAGGUAUAGCUAAUGCUAAUAUAAGUGUAAAAGGUAUUAACCAUGUUAUAAGAAGUGCUAAAGAUGGUGAUUAUUGGAGAUUAUUGGUUCCUGGGAGUCAUCAUAUCACAGUAUCACAUCCUAGGUAUGAGAGUCAGACUAUAGUUGUAAGAGUAACAGACGGUCCGGCAGUUUUCAUCAACUUUUCUCUAUCAUACGCUAAACAACAUUCAUGGUCGGCUCAUUCUGAUUUCGACAUCCAAGAGAAUAUGGAGAGUGCUAACUACCAAACUCUUCAUGAUGCUGAUGAGGAACGAAAGAAAAUUGCCAAUUUGAAUCCAAGUUUUGUCACAUAUGAGCCAUUGUUAGUCACCAGGAAAGGCUUGGCAUUGUCCAUGCUGCACAUGUCUAAAAGUAUGGAAGACCACACUGGACACAAAGCCCAUGUUUUAUUGGUUGGUGGAGUAAAUGGAGAUGAUCCAGUAGGAAGUGAAAUGUUGAUGAGAUUUUCUAGACAUAUAACUAAAGGUUACAAUCAUCAACAUCCAGAUUGUGUCAAGAUAAUAGACAAUGUACAUUUACAUAUAUUACCUACAUUAAAUAUUGAAGGUAUAUCUAAAGCUACAUUAGGUGAUUGUACAGGAGAUAGUUAUACUGGAAACAAGUUUUCUUCACUUAUUGAGAAUAAGGACCAGGUUGUGGAAGCUUUGAUAAAUCAAAUUAAUACCCACAAGUUUCAUCUGAUAUUAAACGUAGAAGGUGGUGGACUUAAUAUACUUAUCCCAAGAAAUCAGAGAGAAAAUGGAAGUCAGACAGUAAUAACAGAAGAUGAUGAAAUGUUUCAAGUACUGGCUAGAUCAUUUGGUGAUUUCAAUCCUAAGAUGUAUGAUCAAUCAUCUUGUGAAGGGGCUGGUGUACAUGGUAUUCUUCAUUCUGCUGAAUCACCUCUACCUAAUCAUAUUCUAAUGGAUAUGAUGUAUGACAAAUAUCAUUCUUAUAUGUUAUGUGCAUCUAUUAGUUGCUGUAAAUACCCAGCUGCCAAUGAAUUACCCAAUAUAUGGAUGAAUACCAUGCCUUCAUUUAUGAAUUUUUUGUUGAAAGCCACACAAGGUAUCCAUGGUGAAAUAGUAGAUAGUAAUAAUAAACCUAUAUUUACUGCAGUACUAACAAUUGAUAAUAAACUACAUCGUUUUAAUGUUAGUACCAAUGGUAGUUAUUUUAUUGUACUAACAGAAGGUCAUCAUACUAUAGAAGCAAGUGCUGAAGGCUACCAGUCUCUGUCUAAGAAGAUAUUUGUAUUAAAGAAUGAGAGAAGAGAAGUUAGAUUUAUGUUAAAAGAUGAAAAAGAGAAGCUAUCAUAUCACAGUUUUAAUGCUUUAAAAUUAAACUUGACUGAAAUAUCUAAACAGUAUUCCAACAUUACACAACUAACAAAAAUUGGUCUAUCUAAAGAAGGACGGGAUAUUCUGAUAUUUACUUUGGGUAAAAAAGAUAACAGUAAACCGGUACCACAUGUAUUAUUAUUGGGUAAUGUGUAUGGUACCGAUUUGAUUAGUAGAGAGUUAUUAUUACAGUUAAUACAACAUUUAGUAGAAAGCUAUCUUACUGAUGAUACAGUCACUGAGUUAUUAGAAUCUACAGUGAUACAUAUUAUACCUACAUUAAAUCCUGAUAAAGGACAGAAAAUGAAACCUGAUAAUUGUAUGGGUGAAGCAGAUUCAGCUUUAUUUACUUUUCCUGGUAAGUCAUUACUCUAG